AUGCUCAGCCGUUGCGGUCGUCCCGUCUCCCGCGUGCUCCCGCGUGUCGGAAGCUCUCCCGGAGCUAUCGCCCUCUCCUCCCGCAUCCAGCUCCCCUCCAUUCCCCAAUCCCGCGGCCUUGAAUAUGCGCUGACCGUUCUCGCACAGCUCCUCUCCGCUCAUCUGAAGGAGGAGGACCCCACGAUCUACAACAUUCUCCAAAAUGAGAAAAAACGUCAGAAGCAUUUCAUCAACCUCAUUCCCUCCGAGAACUUCACCUCCCAGGCCGUCCUCGAUGCCCUCGGCAGUGUGAUGCAAAAUAAGUACUCUGAAGGAUACCCCGGAGCCAGAUACUACGGUGGAAACGAGUACAUCGACGAGUCGGAGCGUCUCUGCCAGCAGCGCGCGCUCGAGACUUUCCGUCUCAACCCCGAAGAGUGGGGUGUCAAUGUCCAGCCCCUCUCCGGUUCUCCCGCCAACCUCUAUGCCAUCUCCGCCCUCCUCAACACCCAUGACCGUCUCAUGGGUCUGGAUCUCCCCCACGGUGGCCAUCUGUCGCACGGCUACCAGACCCCCACCAAGAAGAUCUCCUUCAUCUCCAAGUACUUCGAGACCUUCCCCUACCGUCUCGACGAGUCCACCGGUCUUAUCGACUACGACGCCCUGGAGAAGAAUGCUCUCCUCUACCGUCCCAAGCUCAUCAUCGCCGGUACCUCCGCCUACAGUCGUCUGAUCGAUUACCCCCGUAUGCGCCAGAUCGCCGACGCCGCUGGCGCCUACCUCCUCAGCGACAUGGCCCACAUCUCCGGUCUCGUGGCCGCCGGCGUUCUUCCCUCACCCUUCAACCACUCCGACGUGGUGACUACCACCACCCACAAGUCUCUGCGCGGACCCCGUGGCGCCAUGAUCUUCUACCGCAAGGGUGUCCGCCGGACGGACAAGAAGGGUAACCCCGAGAUGUACGAUCUGGAGGGCCCCAUCAACGCCUCCGUCUUCCCGGGCCACCAGGGUGGCCCCCACAACCACACCAUCACCGCGCUGGCCGUCGCCCUGAAGCAGGCCCAGUCGACCGAGUUCAAGACCUACCAGGAGACCGUCCUGGCCAACGCGCAGGCCCUCGCCGAACGCCUGGGCAGCCCCCUCAGCAGUGGCGGUCUGGGAUACAACAUCGUCUCCGGCGGCACCGACAACCACCUCGUGCUGGUGGACCUGAAGAACCGCGGUGUGGACGGUGCUCGCGUCGAGCGCGUGCUCGAGCUGUGCGGCGUCGCCAGCAACAAGAACACCGUGCCCGGGGACAAGUCCGCACUCAAGCCCGGCGGUCUGCGUCUGGGUACCCCCGCCAUGACCACCCGUGGCUUCCAGCCCGAAGACUUCCGCCGGGUGGCGGACAUUGUCGAUCGCGCCGUCAUCAUCACCCAGAAGCUGGACAAGGCCGCCAAGGAGAGCGCCGCCGCCAAGGGCGUCAAGAACCCCAACACCGUCAAGGCCUUCCUCGACUACGUCGGCGAGGGCGAGGAGAUCUCCGAUAUCGUCCUCUUGAGACAGGAGGUCGAGGACUGGGUGGGUUCUGUCAUGUUCGGGCGUUAUGGCCAUUUUAUGAAUAUGAGGAUCUACCCAUGUGGCAAAGUCCCCAUGGUCUUUCGCUGUGUUUGGGCCUUUUAG